GGAUGUUUGCAGUGAUCGGUAUCGAGAAAGUAUUGCAUUGAAACAGUUUUGAAGUGUCUGAAUAAAAAUAAAUAAAGAAAUUCUAAUCACAGAAUGUUUCAAGUGAAGUAGAGCUAUUUUCGACCUCAAAAAAUUUUGCGGUGCGCUUAUUUAAUAUAUUAAAAGAAUAAAUCACAUGAGAGUGAUAUUAAAGAUUAUCGAAUUGUUCUCAUGCGAGUGAUACCAGAAACCUGUCCAAAGUCGAUGUUUAAAAUAUCAAUCGCCAAUAAAAUUUUAUUAGUUUCGCUGUCUUUGAAAAAAAUAUAAAAAGUGCCCAGAGGAAAGAAUCGAAAGAAAAUAAAAGAAAAACUGACACAAAAUAAUCCGAGAGUGAAAAAAAAAAUACACAUUCGGAGCAGUUCGAAAAUGAUGAAUACAAAAACUCUCGAAACAGAAUCUAACGAGUCGAUUACAAUAACGAGCACAAUCAAUAAACAAAUUAAUAAGUUUACGACCCCUCCGUGGAAGGAUAUGCCGGAUUUGUUGACAUGGAAGGAUAUGCCAGAACAUUUGCAAUUCAAUCCUUAUGUACAUACAGGAUAUCGGCCGCUUCAAAAUGUCAAGGGAUGUUUGAAUAGUCUCUUCUACAUGCACAACGAGACAAUUAACAUUUUAACCCAUGGAAUUCCAAUCGUCUACAUUCUCGCAACAGUGCCAACAGUGCUUUUUUGGGAUAACAGUUUUCGCUUCCUUUCUUGGUGUCACCUGGUUGGAGCAGUAUCACCUUGGUGUGGCAGUUUUGUUUAUCAUUUGUUUAUGAAUUUGGAACGUGGAGAGACUGUUUAUUACAGACUUUUGCAGUUAGAUAUGUUUGGAAUAUGGAUGAGCCAAAGCUUCGGUGCUCUACCUUUCGUGACUGCGAGUGUUUUCUGCCUAAGCGGCUUUUUGAAAUGGUUAACAAUUAUAUCCUAUUGUAUUUUAUGUCUUUGGGGCCUACAUAAAGCACUUACGGCAUCGUCUCCAUGGCAACGAAGACUUUGUUUUGCUUUGCCUUUUUUGAUGCGAGUCUUGUUGACAAUAUUGCGAAUAUCGAGAUUUGGCGGAGGAAAUCCAACUGCGAUGGUUCAUGUUUUUCUACAGGAUGGAGUUUCGGUUUUUGGUGGAGCCAUUGGUGCAAUGCAUAUACCUGAAAAAUGGUUUCCUGGACUUUUGGAUGUGAUUGGGAAUUCACAUAACAUUAUGCAUAUUCUCGUCGUCGUGGCCGUUUAUUCAAUGCAUCAGGCUACAGUACGAGAUUUGGAAUGGAUGUGGACAAUGUCAAACUCAAAGUGUGGCACAUCAACAAAUCACACCUUUGAUAUUCCCUUGAUCAAUAACUUUACGACAGACUCCCACUCUGAACUAUGAUUCCAAGGCGUUUCUAACGUUGAACCAUUAAUGAUGUUUUCAAGCUUAGUUUAUGAAACAAUUUCAUAGCUUCGAUCAUGAAUGAUAAAGAGAAAAACGCUUGUAAUCAGUUUUUACUUAAACUGGGCGUUUAAUUGAUCAAUUUAAGAAAUUAGUAGAAGAAAAAAUGUCGCACAUUCUUAAAAAAAGACUCCAUUAAUAAUGUUCAUCAUUGAUCGGCUAAAUUUGAUGACACAUCAAACCAUUUCAACCUUGGAAAAGAAAAAUUAGAUUCGAGGGAUGGAAGUUAGAGAAACUUUGACUCGAGUAAAAUUAAUCGAAUCGAAUUUUAAGUCUUUAUCAUCGACAAAUAAAAAGAAAAUUUUGUUCAUCAUAUAUUUACAUAAUUAUUAUAAAUAACUUUAAGCUUGUCAAUUAUCGAAAGCUUUCCUCAACUUUAAAUUUUUAAAUAAUUUUUAAAGAAACUAUUUUUUGAGUUAUUUGAUGUAGUAUUCAAUCUUAUAAACUGUACCUUUUAAAAGAGAAAAGAAAAUUGUUAAUGAGUUCUCAUGUGAUAAGAAAUCAUAACGAUUCAUUUUAAGAGAAAGUUCAUAAGUGCUUUAGUUACGCAAACUAAAAUAAUAAUUUCACCUGUAAUGGCCUAAAAACGGUCAAUGCUGCUGAAAAGUUUUCGAAUUAUGCAUCUGAAUCAAUGCUUAGUUAAGUUGAUGAGUUUCGUGAUGUCCUAAACGUGAUCUCAUCAAAUAUCAGCAUUUCGAUUUAAUGCUUCUCUCAUUGUUAAUGCUGUCUUGUCAUUCAACUAUUUGCUUUUCUUCUUUUCUUUCACGACAAGACAAAUUAAAUACUUAAAAUUCUUAAACAAAUCAAGCAAUAAAUUAAAGUUUCAAAAUUACUAAACAAAAAAAAAGAAGAAUUAAAGUGAUAAAUUAGAAAUGGAAACAAAAUGUGAGACAAAAUUUAAGUCUUGCGGUACAAUCACAAUUGUGUGUAAAAUAAUUCGACAUCUAAGUUCAAUUAACUUUUAUUUAAAACGAAUUUGAAUGGAAAAAUGAUUAAAAAAAUUAAAAUUUAACGUAAAAGUUAAAUUUGUGAUAUUACAAAGUAAUAAAGGUGAAGAAAAUAUUAAUUUAUUUGCUGAGUGUUUGUAGGCUAGAAAAAUUAGAAAGUAAAUUAUUUAUCGAGAUUGGAAGGCUCACGAAUGGUUUCGACGAUGUCGGGAAGUUUUGUGAAACCUUUCGUGACCUGAGCGCUCUUAAAAACACAGCGAGAAUGAUCUCAACAGAAACCCCGAUAUAAAAGGCAACAUUAUGUAGAAAUUUUUGAGUGAAAGCUCAUAACAGUAUUAACUAAAAGAAAGAUAAAAAGUUCAGCUUCUUAGGCUGCAAAUUAAUUAAAAAAUUUAAUUGAACAAGAAACUUUGAAAAUAUCUUGAAACAUAAAGCAUAAAAAUUGGGUUUUUCAUUACUAUAUGAAACAUAAAAAAGGUUCCAAGUUUCAAUAUCAUAAGUGAAAAAGAUUUUUUCUCAAUCUUUAAUUAAAAUUUUUCCUGAUACAAAAAUUAAUAAAAAUGAUUAAAAAACCAC